AUGGCGUGCAGUAAAUACGACUACGAGCUUGGGUAUGAAGACAAUCGCUUCGAGAUUGUUGUCAGUCAAAGAUUUCACUGCCCCAUUUGUUUCCUGGUUCUUAAAGAUCCCGUUAUGUGCAAGAACGAACACUACUAUUGUUCUUCAUGUAUGAAAAAGCAUUUGGAAAACUCCUCGUUCUGUCCAACGUGUCUUGAACACCUCAGUGUUGACACACUCAGACCAGCUCCGAGGAUUGUCAAUGAUUAUAUAUCUGAGCUGAAUAUUCAUUGUGAUUUCUACCCCAGAGGAUGCCUUGAAAUGGUUCAAGUUGAAAAUCUCAAACGUCACGUUGCAAGUUGUGGAUUCUCUCCCGUGCAAUGUUCGAAUGAUGGAUGUAAUGUUCUCGUGAAUGCCAGCGACAAGCUUCACCAUGAAACUGAAGUAUGUGAUUUUAGAAAUCUGAAAUGUCAUGACUGUGGUCAAGUCAAGCACGAAGUGAAAGAAAUGAAAGAUCAAAUAAAGAAUGAAAUGAAAGGAAUGAAAGAAGGAAUGAAAGAAAUGAUUGAUCAA